GUACCUGGAUACUCGGCGUCAUCCGAGGAUCUCGUCGCCGAGGUCCUAAGAAAUGUACAAAAAGUCCCGACUCAGGAGGCGGAGAAGUGCCCCUGGGGUGGCCCCGACAUCGUCGACCCGCCCAAUCGAGGCAAUGCUGAAGGAAGCCAUUUGAGGACUAAGCCGUUGUCAGGUGCUGUACUGUCGGCAACUGCCUCUAACCCUUUAUACCUCACCUUGGUCGGUCCCUCGUUGCCCGUCAUGAAGACCAUCCAGUCUCUACUUAUCGCGACCAUCUUCGCUUUUGAUCCAACGGUACUUGCCGAAUGUAACAAGAGCGGCAUGACAGGCGAAUACAACGUUAACAACAACACCCCAGUCGACUUGAGAAUCGUGUGCGCUCAGCUAUCGGGCAGCUAUGUCAAGAAUGAAUUCCGCCGAAUCUGCAUCAUGGAUACGAAGGGUAGAAAGUGGGAUUUUGAGCUUUCGUAUAUCGGGAAUGGUGACCAACGCGACAUCGAUAUAGAAGAAUGCUAUAGCGGCAUGAAGGCAGAGGCCGGCUGCGAGCGCGGCGGCCGGAGGAAGUAUUGGAAUUGGGAAUACUCCCAGGAGGCGCCCGUCUUGGUCGACGGGUCAGGUCAAACUGGCUGGGUAGUGGAGUGGUCUACGGUCAACAAUCAAAUUACGCCCAAAGCCUACUCGACGACAGGCUACGAGUUCGAGUUCGAUUCCCAGUGUGAGCACCAAGAGAUGUAG